UCUUGUUGCGACCGUGGAACCGCGCGUCUCGCGAGUGUCAAAUUUAUCUUAUGGUAUUUAAAUAUCAUUCCAAUUUUCAUGACAUUUUAAUAUUCACAUUUUAUCAAUUAAAUCAACAAUCAAAUCAAUACAAAAAAUUAUUAUUAACUUAUUUAUCAAUUACUAUUAUUUUAAAUAUAUUUUAAAUCGACGUAUUGUUUAACAGGUGUGACUUUUAAAUGCUCAUUUUAACUAAAAUACAGUCAUAAAAAAAAUAUCAGCAUAUGCUUAAAAUAAAAAAAAAAAAAGUUUAAUUGAAUUUUUACGUGAAGAGAAUUAUUCAAAAGUGAAACGUUAAAAAUAUUUAAAAAAAAAAAAUUUGACAGUGUAAUUCUAGGUAUUUAUUAAGUGAUUUUGACAAACAUGGGUUUGUCUUGAAUGACCAAGUGAUUGUGAACGCGAUGAAUAGCAUAUUGACGAUGAAGUUUCGGUAUUAAAUUUGGAGUGAAUAAUAAUUAAUCAAUAAAUAUUAUUUAAAAAAAAAAUUGAUAAAAUAAUUUAAAUAACAAGAGUGACAAGUGUUUUGUAAAAAAAAAAAAAAAAAAAAAAGUAAAAUGUUGGGCAGGGGGGAGGUGAAAAUUGGUCACGUGCCAUUAGUUAAUACAAACACAAUGGAAUCAACUGAAAAUUGGCAAGGUCGUAAAAAUCUUGAGGCAACAAUGCCAAAAAAAUUUCGUAAAGAAAUAAAUCGUAAUGAUGGAAAUUCAUUGAAUUGGGCAAUGUUAAUAUUAUGCAUAGGAAGUAUUGGUAUAUCUGGUAUUCUUGCAUAUCGUGAAAUGAAACUUGAAUCAAGAAUUGCAAGUCUUGAAGCACGCUGUGAUCAUCAGGAAACAUCAGAAGUUAUCGUUAAAAGACUACGUAGGGAAGUACAAGAAGCAUUUUUAGGACAAAAAAUUCCUUAUCCAGAAUCACCAAUGAUCAGGAUUAAGAGAGACGUUGGAAAUGAAUGCAACUGUCCAGCUGGUCCGCCUGGUGAACCAGGACCCCCGGGAAAAAGAGGAAAAAAGGGAAAAAAAGGUGACCCUGGGGAGGCCGGAACACCGGGUGUUGCCGGGACUCCGGGCAAGAAUGGUUUUCCGGGACCUAUUGGAUUAGAUGGACCCAAGGGGGAUCCGGGACGACCUGGUGACAAGGGACAAAAAGGUGAACUUGGAAGUCCAGGCUUUGAUGUCUUCUCAGCUGUAAAGGUAGCUACCAUAAACAAUGGGGACUCUAUCAGAAAAAAAAUACUUCUAUACGGCAGAACGGGGUUGGGGUUAAAGAGGUCGGUGACGACGCUUCGUGGUGGAACACUUGGAUACGCGGAAAUCGUUGCAUUGAAGGGUGAACCAGGUGAACCAGGACCACCAGGACCUCCAGGACCACCAGGUGUUGAAGGUAUAUCUGGACAAGAUGGAAGACAAGGAAUACCAGGUGAAAUUGGUGCACCAGGUGAAAAAGGAGUUGCUGGACCAAUUGGACCUGCUGGACCUAUUGGUGUAGCCGGACCAAUCGGACCUAAAGGAAUGCCAGGACAUAGAGGUAUUCGAGGUUUUCCAGGACGACGCGGCGAUAAGGGCGACAAGGGUGACAGAGGCUUGACGACAUCACUAGAUGGAAAACAGAUUCCUCUUGGGAACUUUGAAGGACCACCAGGUCCACCAGGACCCGCUGGAAUUAAAGGAGAUUCUGGAGCACAAGGAGUUCCAGGUUUAGAUGGAAUAAAUGGUGAGCCUGGAAUACAAGGACCACCAGGAUUGCCAGGUCAUUCUGGUCCUAAAGGAGAAAAAGGAGAAUACGGUGAUAUUGGACCACCAGGUCUCAUGGGUCCUCCUGGUUUACCAGGUCCUCCGGGUGCACCAGGUCUCAGGGGAGAAAAAGGAGAAAAGGGAGAAUCGAGGUACAAAAAGUUGAGAAGAAGACAGGGUGAUGGAACAUUCGAAGUGAACGCUGGUGAAGUGAUAAUGGGACCACCCGGACCACCCGGUCCUGCAGGAACUCCUGGUCUUCAAGGUCCACCAGGCAUCAAGGGUGACAGAGGACACGAUGGUGCUAAAGGCGAACCAGGCGAGAAAGGAACGAAAGGUGAUCCAGGUCCAAUGGGACUUCCCGGACCUAUGGGAUUAAGGGGAGAGUCAGGUCGACCGGGAGACACUGGUAAACCCGGUGCGAUGGGCCAGCCAGGCUUAGACGGUAUGAAGGGUGCACAAGGUGAACCAGGUACCAAAGGUGAACGUGGUGAUCCAGGUCUACCCGGUACCGAUGGAAUUCCCGGUGCACAGGGUUCCAAAGGCGACAAAGGUGCCCAAGGCGAAGCCGGUAAAGUAGGUAAAAAAGGACGUAGAGGUGACAAAGGAAGUAAAGGUGAUCAGGGUGUGCCUGGUUUAGAUGCACCAUGUCCACUUGGUGCUGAUGGAUUACCACUUGCUGGAUGUGGAUGGAGAUCACCUCAGUCAAGGGUGCUAAGCGAAUGGCUGAGAGAAGAAGAGGAAGAACAAGUUGAAGAUGAGGAAGAAGAAAGGACAGUUAUGCGUUCAUCAAGAGACACUUGAAGUCAAAUAGAUUUGUUAUACAUACACUCAUUCAUUUAGGAUGUUCUUUCAACAAUCGUUCAACAAUUGACAAGAAAAUAAUACAAAGAUUCUAUCUGCUGCUACUGUUUUUUUUUUUUUUAAUUUUUUAUAGUUAUUUUUUUUUGUUUGCUUGUAUGUUCUCGGUGGUGUAUCACGUUGAUAUUAUCAAACAAGUGAAUUAAAAUUUUCCCCAGUAAGUGUUGUAAAUAAAUGUACUUACAGUGGAAAACAUAAAGAAAAAAAAAAAAAGUGUGUGCGUGCGUGAAUCAUACCGUGUGUGUACAUAUAAUUAAUAUAUAAAUUCUUUUUUUUUUUUUUUUAUUUGUUUUGCCAUUUUCAAGGCUAUUUUUGAUUAAUCAAAAAAAUAUUUAUUUAAAUCAAGUCAAAUUAAUAAUCACUAUGUCAUGCUAUUGUUUUUUUUUUCUAAUUUAUAUUAUAAUUAUAGUUAAUAUUUUAAUGUUAAUUUAAAAAUAAUUUGUAAUUUCAUAAUCCUAUUUAAACUGAAAGCAAAUAUAUAUUUAAGAAUAAAUUUAUAUUUAAAUAUUUCUAUAUUACAAUGAGAAAAAAAAACUAAAAACAUUGUAGAAAAAAUUGUCUAUUUAUAAUACAAGUUUGUAAUUGAAAAAAA